GUACGGUACGCUAGUUUCGUGUACUACUGUUGCUGCAGAUUUUGGUGAAGGGGAAGCGGUAAAAUUCGAAGAUGACGCUCACGAUAACCGAGGCUUGGAUUCGAGAUAGAGUUCAAUUAACUCAUGAUAAUUUAGAGGAUGUGCGAUCACUGUCGUUACCCGGUACGUAUCAAGAGAAGAUAGGCGGCCUUGGCAAUGCACUCUCCAGCUUUACUCGACUCAAGCACAUCGAUCUCUCUCGUAAUGCACUGCAGAGUCUUCAAGGCCUACACCACCUUAAAGCUCUUGAGAAGCUAAAUCUCUAUUACAAUAACAUCAGCAGUAUUCAAGAGCUGAAGAGAUUGAGACACAACACUAGUCUCCAGGAAAUAGACCUCCGGUUGAACCCUGUAACGAAGAAUGAACCCGAUUACAGACUUUAUCUGGUUCAUAUGCUACCCAAUCUCAGGAAAUUAGAUGAUAGAUCAGUGCGAGAAUCUGAAAGGAAGACGGCGCUACUUCACUUUGAUACAGAUCAGGCGAUGAGUAUGACAGAGCAUACCGCACCACAAGGGUUAGAGCCUCUGAGAGGAGAGCUACCCAGAACAAAGCAUGUCAGAGGACUUGGAGGAAGAACAGCCAUAGAGGAAGAUGACAGUGACCUUCUUGACCUGUUGUCCAGAACUAAUGGUGACCUUUCGCGACCUCGUCCUGUCACAGGCUCCAAUGUGACCAACCCUUCUGUGGAUGUGCAGCUUACACAAGAUUACCAGAGAGGGUACAGUCAGAGAACACCUCCCCGAAGGAAAGCAGAAUCCAGCCCAUCUAGUCGUGGUGUUGAGAGGGAUAGAAGCUUGUAUCAGUCUGACACUGAAACAGUUUUACCGGAAUUAACCGUAGACUCCUUGUUACCAUUGAACACUUCCGCUGCAAGCGAUUCCACCGGUAGUCUCUUAGGGGCAGACCCUCUUGAUCAGCUUAAUGAUUCUAAUCUCAGUACGGGACUGUCUCCUCUUAGACUACCCGAUGCACCUCUUUCGCACGCAGACCCACUAACCUUGCAUGAUGACCUGUCAUCCCAAACUGAUACUAAUUCCGUUAUGGAUGAUCUCACAAAAUAUUCUGACCUAUGGCAGCCAUCACAUUCACUUCUGGAAGAGAGGAAAGCAUUUGAGCAAGAACACAAGGACCUGUUGUCACCAACAGACACCAAUAGCUUAAUAAAUGGAGAUGUUGCUAAAUUAGGCAAAGGCAGACUUUCUUUCUCACCAGUGGAAGAAAGGAGAAAGUUGGAUUUUGACACUUUUUCAGAAGAUAGUUCCUUCAUAGGACCUGACAAGGAAACGACAAGUUCCUCAAGUUCAUUUAGUCGGUCCACGGUAUCUCAGAGUCAGAAGGAACAUGUUAGUCAAAACUCUCUCUCAUCAGCAACUCCCAGGGGAAGUAGCUUGAUCAAAGCAGGAGACAUUUAUACUUCCAUUAUGUCCCAGACUCGGAUUAGCAGGGCUAGGACGAGGGGUAGGUCAAGGUCUGCAUCACCUGACAAUAGUCCAUUGAGUGUUGCGGCAAGCACAGGAUCUCGACUAACAUCACCGUCUCGAAGUCCAGGUACUCAUUCAAAGUCUUUUCAAAGAAGUCCAAGUCCAAAAACAAUUUUAUCUGGCGUAAGCCCAGGUCCUAGGCAAACAUCACCCAUUAGGAAUCAACAGAUAAGUCCUAAUAGAUCACAAUCUCCUCACAUACGUCCACAAGAAAUGUCCUCUCAUAAUAGACCAAGUAGUCCAUCAAGAACUCUGUCUCCUCCUCGGAGUCCUGUAAAUGCUAAACCUAGAGAUCUGUACAGAGCAACAUCUCCCUCUACCAUUGCAUCAAGGCUGACUCGCGAUCCUAGACCUAGAACUCUUGAUACACUAUUAUCCCCUCCCAGAAGCCCAAAUAGAAUAUCAUCCUUUAAAAGGCCCGGCAGUCCAACAAGACCAGUUUCACCUCCUAAGAGUCCAGUAAGAACACCAAUGAAUGAUAGACGUCCACAUUCACCCAGAGCCCUGUCUCCUUCUAUUGUUCCAAAAGAGAUGGUCCAGUCCAUAACUAGAAUUACAUCAAGAACUCUAUCUCCUCCUUUAGAUGUAGGGCUUCCACUUGAUCAAUCCUUGAACACAAGGCCUGUUUCACCAGAUAGAAGUACAAGAUCUCAUUUAAUGCCAGUCCUAAAGAGUCCUGGUUCUAGUAUAGGAUCUUCUCAAUUGUCAAAGGAGUCAAAGAAAUCUGUUACUUUCAUGUUAGGGAGUAUUGAUGGUCACAAAAUCGAUGAAGAAAACAAUAAAGAGGAAUUAAAGAGAGAUCUCUUUGUAAAUCCAAGUAGGAGGCCUGAAAGUCAUUUGUCGGGAUCUGUCCAUUUUGCCAACCAUGGUAAAGAUCUAUCAACCACAAAGAUGUGGAAUACUUCAUUGAAUAGAAAUAAUUCUAAUGCAAAUGAGGACAGCUACAUUAAUACAUCUGACCUGGUGCUCACUCCCCAAGAAAAUAGGUACUCUAAUUUGGUUGUUGGGAGGGAAAGGGAUAAUUCGUUGUCUCAUUCUGAAAGCAAUAAUAAAGAUAGGUCAAAGACAAAAAUGGUGCUGUUCAAAGAUGGAGAUUGCAAAUCAGAAAAUUCAAAGUCUGAAUCGAAGACGAGACACUCCAAAAGCUCGAAUGAUAGAAUCCAAGAAAUUUCGUACAGUUUCUCAUUGCAUGAUGAUGGGUAUGUAGGUCCGAAUAAAGUAUCUCAAAGUUCACACUCCCUGCACAGUUCUUUCCUCUCUUCUUCAAUUUCAUCCAAUAAACCACCACCUAACAUGGUAAAUCUAACCCAUGCUAAUCCUUGUCAGCAUGCAUCCCUUCCAGUUUCCCUUCCAGACUCACCUAACCCUACCCCAAGCACCACCUCUCCUCCUGCUACUAACAAACCCCAGGGGUCUGUCCUGGAUCCUCCCCAGUCAUCGGACUCCAAUAUUUCCACGGAGUCCCAACCAAAUCAACGUCAGAGUGGAGUAUUGCCUGUCAUUUCACCUCAUCACGUUCACCACCUAUUAACCCCUGCCCCAGAACCAUCCCAACAUUUAUCAGAUCGGGAGAGAUCACAGCAGCAGCAGCAGAGGUCAAAGGUUGAGGUCAGUCACCCAGAGCAAGAGGUCAGAGGUCGUGUGGACUCUAAUCUCAAGUUUACCGAUGAAAGCGAUGCAUACGCAGCUUAUUCUUCCAAAGUCAACUUCACACCAAACCCUAAAGCUGGUACUAGAACAGACUCUUCAUCUUCAUAUGAUCUACACCCAGUGUCGGGCGUAGGGGAGACCUUUGAUGACCCACCACCAGUCCAAAGAAAUGUAAAACAGAAUGGGACAACCUCAGCUCCAGCAAUGAGUACGAGUACAUUCUUAGACAGUCUCCUCAACCUUGUCGACAGAUACUGGAAUGGCACCAAGUCUCUUCAUGCACAUUCCAAAUUCCAAGGUCAAGCCCUGCCACUUGUAGAGAAACUUCUAGCAGACCAUUCAGCGACUAGCCAGGAACACAUGGAUAGACUUCAGCUUGAUGUAGCACGCUAUGCACAGGAGAAUGUAUCACUACGCAACAAACUAGGCUCUACUGCAGGGGCAAAGACCCAACAGGAUACACAAAUGGCAGGAUCAGAACUGCAGAGGGCGCUAGAUAAAUCACAAAGAGAUGUGGAUCGUCUGUGUCUUGAGCUACGGGAGGUUUCUGAUGAGAACAGAGAGCUCCAGGUUCAGCUCCAGAAUGCUAGAAGACACACCGAUGAUGGUCCAUCUCAGAGAGACGUCAAAGGACAGGAAAAGCUUGAGCAAGAGAAUGAAAAGUUAAAGGUCCAGCUCAAACAUGUCUCCCAACUCCAAGAGCUUGCUACCAUGCUGCAGGAAAGCCACAAAUCCUUAGUGACGACCAACGACCACCUCCUGAAAGAGUUAGAGGAGACCAAGCAGAGGCACAUGGAAGAAGUGAAGCAGCUCCACUGGUCUUACAACCAGCUCAAGCAGACCAUGGACAUUACAAUGCCAUCAUCCCACGCCCCACCCCAGUCAACCACCACUGCCACCACCCAGGGCGGGGCAGUCAACGGGUACGACAAGAAGGAGGAUGGGAGCCUGUCGAUGCAACCAGGGUAUGGUAGCUACUCUCCGGGCAAGAAGGUGAAGGGGUUUAGCUACAGCAAUGGAAGUAUGUAUGAUUAGCUGAGGAGCUGUGGAAGUAAUGUUGCUGAACAUGUGAUCUACCGUUGGUAAGAUACAGAUAUACGCACUUUAAGUCCUCUUGUCGUUAUCAAAACCAUUGAAAGAGUUGAUGAUAUUGGGCAUUGCUCAGUAUGAAAGUUCAACAUUUACUCAUCCUGAUUGAUAUUUGAGAAUGAUUGAACUGAAAAUAAAUUGCAGCAAAAAUUUGAUGGAAACAUAGUGACAAAAUAUAACCAGUCAAAGAGAAGUUAUGUCACUGUGAAAUCAUAUUCAAACAAGACACAGCUGAAGCAUUCUGAUUUCUUGAAAGAAAAAAAAAAACAUUGAUGACAUAAUUGAGGAGGCAUUGUUGUUUAGUGGUUGCGACCCAUCUUUCAGUCAGAGGGGCUUGGUUUUGAAUCCUACCCCAGGCAGUAAUUUCCUUCAGCAAGAAAUUUAUCCGUACUGUGCCGCACUCAACCCAGGUGAGGUAAUAAAUGAGGACUUGGCAGGAAUGUAUGUCUUAAAUGCAGACUGCUUAACAGCUGCCAGGGUUGUUAUGCUGCUUUAUAGUAGAGUUCUUCGAGACUUCUGAUUCUUACACCUAAGUUUAAUUAUCAUUCAAAUACAUAACAGAAGCAAAUUUCCAAAACGGAAAAAAUCCACCAAACCUGAGGAACUUGUAUGGUAGUCAAAUCGUGUAUCUUAGCUGUAUAAAUAGUAAGAAAACACUGACUAUGUUAAGAAUACGGAACCAGAUAGAAUACAAAGAUUUUUUCAGUUGUGAUUUUCUUAUCCUGUCAAAUACCCAUUCAUUAAAAGUAAAUAUUACUAUUCCUUUUUUUCUAUGAUGAUGAUAAAUUUGUUAAGUGCAUAAUACUUUAUCCAUGAUAUUUGAUGUAGAGUUGGGUGUUUUUUUUUUAGUUGCAUAAUGUAACUACACGUAUACCUUACAUGUUCGUGUUGUGUACAAAAAUAUAUUUGUAGAUGCAAAGAUAUACCCUAUCAAUUAAGGCUGAUAAUAAAUUAUGUAAUGCAUGAAAAUCAUGACAAGUUUGGAAAUCGAAAAUAUCACAUUUUGUAUAGAAACUCGAUUUAGUCUGUGAGACACUGUUGUGAUGUUAUAUAAACACUUUUGCUGUGAACUUAGCACUAAGGCUGAAUGUAUCACAAAGUAAAAGAUUUGUAGUCAUUUAAUUCCAAGAUAUAUCAUACGCAAGUUUUGAUUUGUAGUUGAAAAUUGCACCACUUUGAAAGAAUUUGUAAUUUGUCCAUUUGCAAAGCAUUAUUGAAAGGCUAUUGCUAUUGGAUUGUAUAUGUAUGUAGAUUUAUUCAAUGCAGAUCUCAUCCUCUUGAUAUUGCGAAACACUGCCAUAUGUCUGUUUUUUGUAUAUUUUGAAUUUGAAGAAUGCAGGAAAAAGUGAAAGAUAUUUGUAAAAAUAAGGGAAGUUUUAUCUUAUAAUACCUUUAUAAGUGGUUAUCAUGUGGAAUCAGUGAUUUUAACCAGUAUUAAUAUAUAUCAUAGAGUGGGUAACCAUUUCCUGCAAUCUGAUUGGACAGUCGCUGUGCAUUUGAAUUUCGCUUGGCAGAUGAUCAAUAUCAUAUAAUUUUUGCAACAGCCUCUGUAUAAAGCAUCUAUUGUGCUAGUAGGUCAUUGUGACAUCAUCACACAUGGAAACUGAUGAGCAGGAGUAUGGCAUUCUUGGUUGAAAUCAUAAUACUCAUAAUCCAUUCUUCAAUACCCUGUAAGUUGCCUGCUUUUUGGUUUGCUAUUUUAUGAGAAUGCCCUUUGAAUAUAAUGGUAAAGCUACUUGUAAGUGCCAAUGAAAUUUUGGAGGCAUCUGGUGCCAAGGUCCUAGGUUUGGUCCUGGGCCCUGUUGCAUAAAAGCUACCAAUAUGGUAACUUUGCCAUCCAUUGGUGACUUCUCUGAAAUCCUAGAUUCUGAUUGGCUGUUGAUCAUCGUUACCAUGGUUGUUACCAUUGGAUGGCAAAGUUUCCAUAAUGGUAACUUUUAUGCAACAUGGCCCAGGCUUGCAGCCAUAGUAUAGCCAACAUUGGCAUUAGCAUCGCACAGGCUUUCGGAGCGAGGAGGCUUGCAGUCACGGGUAGGCUCUAGCCUAAGCCCCUAGUCCUAGCAAGGAUGUAUCCGGUAUUUUUUAAGCAUAAUGAAUGUACUAGGCUAACAUAUUAAUAAGUGUAAUAUAUAGAUAGUGAUAUAGGCCAUGGUCAACAUUUUUUCAAGCUAGCCAUGUAUUUUUCAGCAAAAAAAAUAUCAACUUUUCUAUAAAAAUAAUGGUGCACAGGUUUGUGUGUUGGUAGAGCUAGUGAACAUUUGGUAUUUUGGUUACUAUGGAAACUAGUCUAAACCCACAAGGCACAUAACAAUUCCAGGGUCCGUUUCAUAAAGACUUGUUAUGAUAACAAAUGCCUAAUUUCUAUAACAAGUUUCCUAUCAGCCAAUCAAAUCAAAGGAUUUCAGUAGCUUUGAACUGUUAUUGCAGAUUUGUAACAAGUUUUAAGAAACGGGGCCCCAGUUUUGCAGAGGUGGUUUACCGUACACCCAUGUGUAAAGUCCUGGAAGGACCAAGAUAAAAGUUGAUAGAGAUAGAAGUGAAAUGGAAAGGCAAAAAAAAAUGGAGGUUUGGAGGUAGAUUAUUCUUUUUGGAAUGAGUGUAUUCUUUAAAAGGACUGUAAUUCCAGUUUUUCCUUACUCUAAAAAACCUACCAAUUUUGUUAAGCCUGUGUAUCAUUUGUAAAUACCGGUAGUAGUUUGUAUAUCAGCACUAACAGAAUAGAUAUAUGGAUGAAGAUUAUCAGUACUGUAGCAAGGCUUUUGUGAUGUGGCUUACUUGCAUGCGAGGAUUGUGAGAUGCAUAAAUUGUAGUUUACUGUCAUGUUGUAAGCAUGCAGGAUAUUAAUUUAAGAUUUAAUAUGAGUUUUAAUAGAAUAAAUGUAUUUAAAUUCAAUUCAUCAUUAUCUGCAACCAUCCGAGCCAAAAAUAUGCCCGUUAGUAUAGUAUUUUUCAUAGUUUGUUGGGUCUUUUAAAUGUAAAGAACAUAAAAUUAUCUUGCCUUGUUUCUAUUCAUGGAAUGACAGCUUAUUUUAUAUCAUUGCAGAUGAUUGAUUUUUAUUUUUUUUUGAGGGGGGGAGGGUUAAAAGCCUCUGAUCUGAUUUCACUGUUGGUAAAACCUUUUAGUUUCAUAGAACUCAUUGAUUAUAUGUAUACCUUUGAAAAGUAACAUGACUAUUGAAUAGUAAUUACUAAUAUAUCUAUAUACAUAUAUACACAUGUUUGUGUGUAUGCUGAUUAUUUUAUUCAUUAGUCUAUUUUAAGGUACACCUGUAUAUGAAACCUUGUGUGGUAUAUAUUUCACUUUGCUCUAAUUUCAUGUAAAGCAUGAGAAAAAAUUGCCAGUCUCACAUAUAGUAAGCUUUUUUAACAUUUAACAGCCUUAGAUAAUUCAAGGUCACUCACCAUGUCCUUUGUUAUUUCAUGAAUAUAUAUUUUUUGCACGUGAUCAAAUUAUGCAAUAUUUUUUCCGACAAAUUUCAAGAAUGUUUGUUUUGUGAAUCACGAUUCUCUUUACAGUAUUUUUUUUUCUGCUGUGCCGUCCAUUUAUUGAAUUCAGGUUAACAUUAAUGACAUUCCUAACUGGUCAGUAUGAUUUUUUUGCUACUAUAUUACCAUGGAAAUUAAGUUUGUGCCGAGAGUGUAAAAUAAACAUGAUGUAUCACAUGUA